CCCGCUCGCUCGCUUGACUCCCGCGUGAGCACGAGCGUUGAUGUUCCGCCGCCCACCGCAGAAUUUCUGCGCUAACAAUGUUCCCUGGAGCCAAUUUGCGAAGUUCUGCUUCUGUCGACAACCUUGCUCCACCGGCCUCUUCUCCUUCUCCUUCUUCCUCUCCUUUUCUCACCCUUCCCUCUCCACGACCACCACUCACCAAGGAGGGUUAGGAUCCAAUUUGCUUUCCUUCGAUACUUUAACUUUGGCGUCUUACUAUCCUCGCUUUCUCCCUCUCACCUCUCCACCAACCACUUGCUGUGUUGCUGUUCACCUUCCCGCCUCCUGGAGCUCCGUGUCAACGACCUCACCUCCCGAUUCGCUCACACUACAUCGACGCCAGUUGUACCUCUCGAGAUGUCUGCCUCCACUCAGAGCCAGCAGGGAAACCUGGACCGAUACGUGGUAAUUCAUGUAGCAACGACCUGCGACGAACACGGAGUAUAUGUCACGAAGGAUUCGGCAGAGGUGAUAGAGCUUGCGUGGAUUCUUCUCGACGCCAAAACCUGCGAGGAGUUGUACCUAGAAAGCGUUUUGGUCAGGCCCAUUAAUACCCCUAUUACUCCGCUCUGCACGAGCUUGACAACUUUGACCUGGGAAGACGUUCGCAAUGCAGGAAAGUUCCGUGAUGCAAUCAACAGGUUCGACGCCUUUGCCAACGAACAUCUUGUUUCACAGGGCCUCGAUUUCUCCUUCGUUACCCUGGAUUCUUGGGACCUUCGAGUUCAGCUCCCCCGUGAAGCCAGAGACAAGGCCGUUGUGCUUCCCCCUUACCUCCAGCACUCCCGAACUUUUGACCUGAGGACUGAGUACCAGCGAUGGCAACAACACCACCCCGAGUCUCUCCCAUUCGGCCCCUCAAUGUUGUCCAAUAUCUGUGCUGCGCUCGAGGUAGAGCCAGUCCAAGCAAGUGCGCAGAUCAAACAUAACCUUCCGUUCCACCUACAUGCUUUGGCCCCCGCCUCUCCCCGUCGAGCUAUGGAGGAGGCUGUGACUUUGGCAAGAGUUCUUCGAGGAUUGAUUAAAAAAUCUCAACCUCCCCACGAGCACCCAGAUGUCCUUACAAGACCAAUGGAUGCCCGAGCUGACGUUCGAGCAUUUUUGUCUGAACGUAGCAAAGUUCUUCACAUGGCUGGUCUGCCCCACGAUACCACUCAAUCCGAGUUGGAGAGCUGGUUCACCCAAUUUGGAGGUCGCCCUAUCGCUUUCUGGACUCUGCGAACACCAGACCAGCACAAGCCGACUGGAUCCGGUUUCGCCGUUUUCUCAUCACACGAAGAGGUCAGCUCAUUAUCUCCUACCCAACUCUGUCUAUUCUGUCAAGCGUGCAAAUCACAUCAAAUUGUGGUAUCGGCACCGUACGAAUACGUCCUGCUCCUUUAUGACAAGUUGUUAAAAUUAUCCCAUUCUGCGCUUUUGAAAUUCUUUAAUGUGCGCGGACAUGCUCUAACUCCUUACCAGGCAGCCGAAAGUUUAUGUAUGAAUGGACGAGCUCUCAACGAGAAGGCCAUCGAAGUCUCCCCAUCCUCUAGCCGUGUUCUUGACCGAGCUGCAGAAAUUCUUACUCCUUUCCCACCCAGCAAGAACCGCCCCCGUCCUGGAGAUUGGACUUGCCCAUCCUGUGGCUUCUCCAACUUCCAGCGCCGAACCGCCUGUUUCCGAUGUUCGUUCCCAGCUAUGAGUGCCGGUCCAAGUGGUGAUGCUAUGGGAGGUUAUGGCGGUGGUGGCUACGGGUACGGCCCUCCAGCAAUGAUGCCCCCACCACAACACAUGGGACAUCACGGUGGGAUGGGAGGUGGCCACGGUGGCGGCAGAAUGGGAGGUGGCGGUGGUGUUGUGCCUUUCCGAGCAGGCGAUUGGAAAUGUGGAUCCGAGGGUUGCGGAUAUCACAAUUUUGCAAAGAACGUUAGCUGUCUCCGAUGUGGCGCCAGCCGUGCAGGUGCGGCUGUUGUGGCUGAUUCUGGUUAUCCUUCUCCAAUGGAUCCGCCAUCGAACUAUGGAAUGGGUCCAGGCUCAAUGGCUGGUACCCCAGGACCAGGACCAUUUGCUUCUGCUGCUGGUGGUUUCGGCUCCAGCGGUGGAUAUGGUGGCCAGCACUUCGGUGGUCCCCAAAGCACAUAUGCUCUACCAUCAGGCCUAGGUGCCUCAACCGGUCCAUACCCUGGAUCUCUCAACACCCACUUCAGCCAGGGCGGUGGAUCUCACUCUGCUGGGCCAUUUGAUAGCCGUGCUGCUGAAGCCGCGUUCCAAUCGGCCAGCAACGGACCCGCUUCUGCUGGACCCUCCAACUUCUAUGCCAACCAGGGAGAAAGCGAUCCAUUUGCAUUCCUCUCCUCUGGUAUCAACAACUUAUCAAUGAGUAGCGGUGAUGCUCGUCAGAACGGUAGCUCGGCUCAGCUUGCUCCCAGCAAGUCUCCCGCUUAGGUGGCAUCGCCAAAGUGUUUUUGCACCAUCGAUUUUCCCUUUGCUACACAAUUCGAUUAUACAUAGGUCCGCGGGACAUUCUCUUUCCACUUCACUUGUAUGACUGUUUUUUCAGGACGGCUUUCGGGGUUGAAAUGAAAUCAUAGACAUAUCCAUGUCGUUCGGAGAUAUCUAGGCUAUCUAUUCGGCAACGGUUCUCGGCAGUCAACGAAGGGAAUAUUUGCUUGGUGCUCGCAGACAGGCGCGGCACGGUUGCUAGGCGGUCAGGUUGGUUUGGAUGGCGUGGGCGUGGGGGCCGGGCAUAAAGAAAAGGGGCAAGGCAAAAUUCACUGAAAACUUUCUCGCACAGCAACAUUCUCUGCUUUGUAUGUUCUAUUUCGAUUUCGACAUUUUUGAGGAACGCGCGCGUGGUGAACGGAACGGGACGGAUUCGGAACUGGAUGGACGGACGGACAUACGGACGAUUGACUACAACAUUACAAAAUUUUGAAAUUCACAGCUGCUUCGAUUGUAUGGAGGGCGAGGCGGAGUUCUUUAAUGCGGAUGGAUGCAAAGCAAAAUGGCACGGUUUUAUCGGCUUGGUCUGGUUAGGCUACGUACGUACUAUACAAUACAUGGGCAGGCGAGGCGAUCGGAUCGGUUUCAACGUUGGGCUCAUUGGACUGAUUCAAGCAAAUGGGAGGGGCGGGCAUUGCGUGCAUGCGUUCCGUUCUGUUCGAUCAAUGGCAAGAGAGCUGAUAUAUUUGAAUUUUCACCUUUGAACAUACACAACGCUUUCACUCACUCAACCUACUACCUACAUAUGUGUGAUACGGUACGACUCGAACUCCUCCAGAUACGAAAAGAAGAUAUGCAAGUUGUCGUUGUCGUUGUUGUCGUUGCUUGCGUCUUUGCGUUGGUGCUGGCUUUGGCUUUGGAUGAUUGGGUGCAUAGCGUGGGAGCGUCUGGGGGGGCAUGGGAUCUGAUCUGGUACACACUUUGGGGUCUCCUGGCAGUUCUUUGCGUUCCGUCCGUCCAGUUUCGAGCUCGACUUCGUUCCACUGUGGUAUCGGCCUUUUUAUUGAAGAGCAGGAUGCUGUUGAGGGAUGCAUGUUCGGAUGCUGCUUGCUCUUUUUCCUCGCAUUUGUAAUAUUUGUUUCAAUGUUGUUGUUUUUAUCACGCCUGUUUUUCAAGUGGUUUUCCUAUAUUCUCCUUGUCUAAUAAUUCUCAGUUUCUUUUACAAAUUGCCAAGAUGGAUGACUGUGUGUUUGCGUGUCUGAGUCUCUAUGUGUGGAUAAGACAGGAUAAGAUACGAUUGGAUUUGAUACUUUUGGAUGGGUUGUAGGUUUAUGGGGGUCGGUGGGGUGUGGAGUUGGCUGCUUGGGAGAUGGUGUGGGUGUUGGUAGGUGCUGGAUGGAUAGAUAGAUGGGCAGCUGGGGUGGAUGCUAAGAUAGAAUGGAAAUGGAUGGAGGCAUAGCGUGGGAAGGAUAUAAAAGUAUUCAUACAUGAUGAUGCGAUGACUGAUGGGAGCUGGAGGAGGGUAAGGCGGAGAGGUGCAUCGGAGGGUGUUGGUCUCGUUUUGUGGGUUUUGCAGGCUGUGAUGUUCGAUGUAGUCAAAAU